AUGUUGGCAGGACGAAGUAUUGGGAUGGUUGUGGGUACCUUCACUUUAACAGGUAAUCAGUAGGAAUUCCUAAUUUCCCACCACAAAUGCAAUUUUUUUUCACUCACAGUGGACGGGGAUAACUCUUGCAAUAGAUUUGUGCAUUUAGCCAAAUUUGAUCCACGAGCCGGUAUCAUUCAUAAACUUUAUAAAAAUUAAUUUCAUGUAUAGCGGAAAGGGCUAUUAUAUUCCUCUCUGAAAUCAGUUGCCAAAGGUGAUAAUAAAGUUUUGUACUUUUUAUACCGUUAAAUUCAAGAUAGAUUUUCUGGAAAAAAACUAAUUUCAUUGACAUCUGAUGAUAAAACACAGUUGAGAACGAAACAAAGAAUCAUUUACGUGUAUUAGGGAGUUAAGGGUAAUUUGGGGAAAUAGAUAACAAAGCUACUAAUUCAACUAGAUAAAGUCUUAAAGUCCUCUGCUGGAUGUUACCAAAAGAGGGAAUGAAGAACGGGGAAUGGAGAGUGAGGUAUAGGGAAUAGGGAAUAGGGAAUAGGGAAUAGGGAAUAGGGAAUAGGGAAUAGGGAAUAGGGAAUAGGGAAUAGGGAAUAGGGAAUAGGGAAUAGGGAAUAGGGAAUAGGGAAUAGGGAAUAGGGAAUAGGGAAUAGGGAAUAGGGAAUAGGGAAUAGGGAAUAGGGAAUAGGGAAUAGGGAAUAGGGAAUAGGGAAUAGGGAAUAGGGAAUAGGGAAUAGGGAAUAGGGAAUAGGGAAUAGAGACCCCAUUUCCUACUCCACAUUUCUCGUUUUCCACUUCCCAUUCUCCAUUUCCUAUUCCCAAUUUCCAUUUCCCAUCUCCAUUUCCACUUUUAGUAACAUCCGUCCUCUGCUUGUUAAUUUUGCAAACCCGUUACUUUGUUUCUACAGCGACAUGGGUUGGCGGAGGAUACAUCAAUGGUACAGCGGAGGUACUCUUUGAUAAAGACCAAGGUCUCGCCUGGGCCCAGGCUCCCUGGGGUUAUGCACUUAGCCUGGGGUUGGGUGAGUGCGAAGACCAAUACUUAAGGUUUUUCUUCUGAAAGUUAGUACGUUUUCCGAGUGUCCACAAUACUGUUUGUCGCAUUGCGAAUGGUUUUCAAACUAAUAACGAGAAAGCAACAUAAACAAUGAUAAGACUGAAUGUGGCAUACACCUUAUCAAGGCUUUUUUUUCACCGUUGUGGCCUGAGUUAGAAUUCAGAGCCUUGCAUCACUUGUGGUUUGAGUUUUCUGUUGGUGUUCGUCCUUAUUCCAGAGGUAUUUAUCCAUUUAGUAGGUUUUCCUCCCUCCGAGGAUAAGCUAUUAAUGCGAAUUUCGUACGGUGAUUUUUUUUUGGUUUUUUUUAGGCUUGACUUUUAAAGUAACGAACUUUAAAGCGCGAUAGCUUUUUUUGUUGGUCACAAAGAGAGCUUUAAUGGUUUUGUCAGUGGCAUAACUCCUCAAGCCUUAAAGGUUUUGUCUUUCGCUUACUCCUUAUGUGAUCGAUAUGAUGCUCAGAUAAGGUCGUAAGAUGUACUCCGCGAGCUAAAAUAAAAAAUACUUAAGGGUGAUAUAACAGUGGAAUAAUAAAUCCCUUUUUCGAGUGUUAAACAUAUAGUAUUUCUGCAAUUUCUGUCUCUUUCGAAAACACAGGUGAUAUAAACCCUAAUUUUUAUCAACCCCCUCGCGGUUACCUACACAAAUUUGACGAUAUUUUUUACGGGCAGGUGGGCUUCUUUUUGCCAAGAUCAUGCGCCAAAGAGAAUACAUUACCAUGAUUGACCCUUUCCAAGAAAGGUACGGUCCGCGUAUGGGUGGAUUGCUAUAUAUCCCCGCACUGUUGGGCGAGUUAUUUUGGUCUGGUGCCAUCUUGUCAGCUCUUGGUGCCACUGUCAGUGUCGUUAUCGGCUUGGAUCGCAUCACUUCUGUCGUUGUUUCUGCGUGUAUUGCUAUUUUCUACACGUUGAUGGGUGGAUUGUACUCUGUGGCUUACACUGACGUUAUACAACUCAUCUGCAUCUUUGUUGGAUUGGUGAGUGUGGUCAGCAGUCGACUGUUCUGCGACAUGUGUACCACAUCCCAACUGGGUGUUUUUAUUAUAAUAUGCCUUGUUCCAAGUAUUUUCUUAUGAACUGUCAAUCAAAACCUGGGAUUGUACCGAAGGAUGUCUAUGGUCUCAAUUUUACUGUAACUGGCCCAAGCUUUAGGCUAUUUGACUGAUGGUGCGUUGUUAACAAAUUAAACUGUGUUUCUGAUUUAAAAACAAAAACAUAUUUUUGCGUCAGAAGUUUGUCAUUUGUGUGUUGAUACAGUGUUUGCUCUGGCCCCAGUCUCACUCCGUCCUCUUCACUCACUAGUGGCUUAGUGUUCCAUUCGCCAUGACUCAUAAAGCAGUAAGCAGCAUUGCAGAAGAUUCCGGCAAAUGGGUUGGUGAGAUACCUACUGCAAAGAUUGGAGUGUGGCUGGACUAUGCUAUGUUGCUGGUAAACUUCUCCUUUUCCUACCUUACACUGUAGCCACCGUAGCGAACUAACGUUAGGUAUUUGUUUAGAGGUUCUGGGGGAAAUUACCUUUAAGUGCUCGAUGGUAGAUUAUGAUUGAAGCAGCGAAACAAACUAUGCUUGGACAUGGUUUCGUAUAUUUCAUUUUGAUGCUGAAUUUUUUGUGUCCAGAUUUGCGGUGGCCUUCCAUGGCAAGUCUACUUUCAGCGUGUGUUGUCGUGCAAGACACCCGUAAAGGCUCGUAUAUUGUCUCUAAACGCUUCUCUGGGAUGUAUGAUCAUGGCUGUUCCUGCAGUACUCAUUGGGGCCAUCGGUGCUUCAACAGGUGAUCUGAUGAUGUAUAUUUUACUCUUACUGUUAAGUAAUCAGAUCUCAAUUCGGUUCAUCGUAGCCGAAGGGGAAUCAAGGAGAGGCUCUUCUAUAUAACAGUUGUUAUUGUUGUUGUUGUUUUUUGUAAUAUGAGACAGCUAACAAACUAUAUCUUACAGAAAGAAAAUGAGAAAAAAGUAUUUUCAAAUUUUUCAUUAAACAUGAACUAUGAAAUAUGCUUUUUUUCACAGGUAAAAAGCCACUGAGGCUGACAGAAAAGGUGUUAGUCUGAUAACAAGGAGGGAUGGUACAUUCAAAAUAACUGCGAUAUUUUUCUCUGCAGACUGGACCCAGACUUCGUUCUACAAACCGUCUGAGGGGAACAUUACCAACCAAACAGCCUCGGUAUAUGUCGAUAAAACUCUGAUCCUUCCCAUGGUGCUUCAGUACCUCACACCAACAGCUGUGUCAUUCAUUGGUCUGGGUGCUGUGUCUGCUGCCGUCAUGUCGUCCACUGAUUCCAGUAUGCUCUCAGCCAGCUCCAUGUUUGCCCAUAACAUUUACAAACUCAUCUUUAGACAGAAGGUAAGCAUUGCGUAACAAGGCACGGUUCUCAAACCAGAUUUCCAAAAACUCGCGGAAUCCUCGCCGGCUUAGAUGCGGGAUAUAUAGUAUGAACUACUUGUCACUGGGUUGGAGAGUUGAGCUCGGUCCUAACUGUAACGCAGACGGAUGCUGUCCAUGUUUAUACUGUGACUUAGGAAAUAUGAAAAAGACGAUAUUGCAAGUACCCCGCAUUUGAAAAUAUUUUGGCCUUGCAUUUAUGUUCUUUUUGAAGAAGCUAAUUUAAAGUUCCUCUCUUCAGGAAUGUCCCCAUGUAUAGAAAAAAUAACGGCGCGAGCAAACAUGAAACAUCUUUCUUUCGAUAUUUCCCUUUUUUCAGGCCUCCGAGAAAGAAGUUGUGUGGGUGAUGCGUUUUGCCAUAUUUGGAGUUGGCGCGGCCGCUACAGCCAUGUCUCUGGCUGUUGAUUCCAUCUACGUGUUAUUCCAUCUGUGCAGUGAUCUUGUGUUUGUGACACUGUUCCCACAGUUGUGUUGUGUUAUCUAUUUCAAAGCCUCCAAUACUUACGGCUCCAUUGCAGGCUAUAUAUUUGGGCUUUUUCUGCGCGUGGGGGGAGGGGAAGAUAAAAUUGGUUUUCACCCCUUCAUUAAAUACCCAUUUUAUGACGAGGUAAAGGGCCAGCUGUUUCCGUUCCGUACUCUGUCCAUGAUUGUUUCUUUUUCUACGAUCGUGUCGGUGUCGUUCUUAGCAAAGUAUUUGUUUGAACGGGAGAUUAUCCCGUUGAAGUAUGAUUUCCUGCACGCCUUCAUGAAACAUGAGAUCCAGGAGGAGAAAGAAAAAUACAUGGAGGAAUCAAAAAUGUGA